AUGGCUGAAAAUUAUUUAGUCAUCUGGGUCGAUGAAAAUAUCGACAUGGCAAAUCAAGAUUGCCAAAAUACAAUGGAACAAUUACGUGCUGUCGUCAAUCAAGUUAAUCCAUGUAAGACAGCUGAACAAUGUGUACAAAUGCUUAUGGAAAAUCAAGAGGAGAUCUCAUUCGUUAUCUCCUCAGGUGCAAUUGGACAACAUUUGGUACCAGAUAUUCAUGAUAUGGCAAAAUUAAAUGCCAUUUUUAUUUUUUGUGGCAAUAAACAACGGCAUCAACCUCCAACGCCAUUUGGUGGUAUACACGCCAAUGCUUCACCUACAAAAUGCUGA